CGUAGAAUGCAGAUGCGCAUUGAAAACGAAGAUAAAAGAAAAUAAAAAUGCACUAAUUAAACGUCUCCAUCACAGAUAGAUGCUCCUAAGUUCACAAAAUCUCGAUAAACCUGAACCUGCAAAUUUUGCUAUCCACAGAGUCAAAGAUGGAAAAGAACGUUAUUCAGCCACUGAUUGCUGCUUCAAUCUCGUUCUUAAUCGCAAUCAGAGCUUACAGAAGAAAAUCCCUUGACCUUUCCGGGGCUCUUUCCGGCUUUCUUGUUAUGUCCAUUCACCUUGCCCUUGGAUACCGGUAUGGAGCUAUGCUACUUGUGUUCUUCUUCACUUCCUCUAAGCUCACGAAGGUGGGCGAAGAGAAAAAGCGACGCGUCGAUGCUGAUUUCAAGGAAGGCGGACAAAGAAAUUGGAUACAAGUUCUUAGCAAUGCUGGCAUUGCUACGGUUUUGGUUGUCAUUAUAUGGAAAUUGACAGGAGGGCAGGACAAGUGUUUGGACUCAAAAGACUCAACUCUUGUUACAUCUCUCCUCGGUGGCAUUAUUGGUCACUAUUGCUGCUGUAAUGGAGACACUUGGUCUUCUGAACUUGGGGUACUGAGUGAUGCACAACCUCGACUAAUCACAACCUUUAAGGUGAAUCUUGCUUCAAAACAUUAUCUGCUUCUGUCAACUAUAGUUGUAGCAUUCUCAGCCCAUUUCCUGCGUGCACAUACAUGACUCCAGAACCUUUAU